AAUAUGGAAUAAGCUUGAUCAUGCCCGGAAAGAAAAAGAAGAAAUCCCGACAAAGGGCUACCACUGUUUCCAACGUUGAGACCGAAGAAGAGCUGCUUGCAUUGGCCGCUAUCUAUGGAGAUGAUCUGGACGUUCACCAUGAUGGCCUUGGGUUUGACCUUACCGUCGUUCCGCACCCCGGCAUGCUGGAUGAAAACCUCGUCAGCGUGUUGCUAUCCGUCAGGUACCCACACAGCUACCCUGCCCAGCCCUUGGCACUGAAACUAAAGAACCCCGAGGGCUUGUCGCCGGAAGCAUGUCGCGACCUUCUGGCCCGACUUGUGGAGAGCGCCGCGGAGCACGCAGAGGCGGAGGAGGUGUGCGUCUUCAACCUGGUGGACAUGUGCCAGGAGGUGCUGCGGACCGUCAACGAGCAGCGCCGGCAGGACCCGCAGCGCGGCGAGGGCAGCGGGGAGCUGCAGGAGGGAGAGCAGCAGGGCGGGGACCAGCAGGGAGAGCAGGCUCAAGCACAGUCGCUCUGGGACGCCAUGCAGCGCCGCAACGGUGAUCUGGCGGCAGCGGCGGCGGGGGGCCAGCGGCGCCACCCGCACCCGCACCAGCAGACACCGCAGCAGCCCUCCCUGGAGCCGCAGGGGGUCUUUUCCAGCUCCUCCAUUGCCGCAUCGGCAGCGGAGGUCUCCGGCAUGUCGCUGACGGAGGACCUGCCGUCCAUCGGCCUCGUCGGCGGGCUUAGCGGCGGACUCUGGGCGUACGACGGCGGGUUGUACGACAUGGAGGACAGCGAGAUGGACGCGGGGCUGUACGGACCGCCGCCUCCGCCACCGCCGCCGCCGCCGCCGCCAGUCAUGCAGUCGCCGCCGCCUCAGGGAGCACCCCCGACGUUGUCGUCCUCCUCCAGCGCUGUAGCGUUGGCAGCAGCUGGUGAGGCGCCGUCACCGGAACCUCCAGCAACUGCGCGUGCGGACAGCACCCCUGCUGCUGGUGCUGUUACUGGUGCUGCCAGUACGGGCCCUAUGGGUGCAGGGUCUGGGAUCCCCCAGGCAGCGGCAGCCACUGCAGGGGCAGCCGAGCAGCAGCCGGCAAGACUUGCCCCGCAGGCUAGCCCCACGAAACGGCCUGCACAAGGAGCCGGAGGUACGGCAGCGGCACCCGCUGUACGGCUUGAAAAGCCAGGUAACGGAGGUACGGCAGCAGCAGCAGCCGGGUCCUUCGGGGCUGAUGAGGAGGAUGAGGAGCGGGAGGGGAGGAGGCUGCCGCCGCGCCCGGAGGCGGUCCGUCCCACCACGCCUGGUCGCGUGUCGUCGGCAUUGCUAGCGAAGAAGCUUCCCAAGGCCAUGCGGGCGCUGGUGGCUACCAGCAGCAACGCCAGCUCCGCCCGCAGUCUGGAGGCGGGCUCGCAGACAUCCCUCCGCAGCAGCCACAGGGGGCAGCAGCAGGGACAGCAGCAGGGGCGCCAGCGGGACCGCAGCAAGCAGGGGAGGAGGCUGCGCGAGGCAACCAGACGGGGCGCGGCGAUGCCACCUGCGGACCGAGAAGGUGGUGCGCUUAGCAGCGAAAGUGGUGGCGGUGGUGGCAGUGAGAGCGGUAGUGAGAGCGAUACCUCUAGCAGCGACAGCGGCCAUGUCAAGAGAAGCAGCAGCAGCGGCGGCGGAGGCGGCGGCAGGGAUGAUGGCAUGCGGGGGAAGAGGAACAAGCCUGCCCUCGGCACGCAAGCUGCGCAGCCCGCGGUUGCGCCCCCUAGGGCUCAACCGGGGCGACUUUGGGCGGGCGGUGUGGGCGGCGGUAGCACCAGCAGUGAAAGCCCCAGUAGCAGCAGCAGCGGAGGCAGCAGCGAGUCUGACGAUUACUACGAGGACGGGGAUGCCGGGUUUGGAGGCGGGCGGAGUUUCCGGUCGUACAGUGGGGGUGCGGGCAGUAGCAGCCGCCGGAGCGACGGUAGCGGCCGGAGCUCGGGACGCGGCGAGAUCAAGCUGCACAUGCUGCUAGGGCACCUGCUGACGAUGGCAGCGGCAGGCCAGGGCCUGGACGCACGCGACAGCGGCGACUUGGAGGCGCUGUGCGCGCACCUGCGGCGCCGGGGGCUGCUGCCGCAGUGGCUGCACUGGCUGGUCACCAAGCAGCCGGCGCUGUUCGACCAGGCCUUCUCGCGCAUGUUUGGACAGGACAUGCGCGCCGCCGCCGCCGCAGCCACCACCAACGUCUCCGCCAGCUCCUCCGCCGAGUCCUCCUCCCCCGCAGCCUCGCAGCUCCUGUCCCGCUUCUGGAACCGCCAGACCGUCACUCCCGCCGGAAGCGGCAGUGCCUCCCGCAAGCAGGGCCCCCAGCGGCCGGGUGCCGCAGGGGCAGCGCAGCAGCAGCAGCAGCACCAACAGCAGCAGCAGCUGCAGGGGUCGCAGUCUCAGCAGCAACAGCAGCAGCAGCGGGCGGGGUCUGCGGCGCUGCUGGCCAGUCGCUACCUGUCGGACUUCCAGGAGCUGUACCGGCUGGGCAAGGGGGGCUUCGGAGUGGUGGUGGGCGCGGUGAACAGGCUGGACGGGCGGCAGUACGCGGUCAAGAAGAUCCGGCUGGACAGCGGCUCGCCCGCCUCCUACACUCGCAUCAUGCGCGAGGUGGCCACGCUGAGCCGCCUGCAGCACCCCAACGUGGUGCGCUACUUCCAGGCCUGGUGCGAGACGUUGCCGGCGGGGGCGGCGCAGGAGCUGGAUGCGGGGGGGAGCGAGGAGGAGGAGGAGGAGGAGGGAGAGGAGGAGGAGGAGGAGGAGGAGGCGUGGGGGUAUGGGACGUCGGCGUCGAUGGAUUCCACGCCGCCGGGAGGCACCCCCAGCGGCUCCCUGUCCGACCCCCACCUCCACCUCCAGCACCACCCCAACCCCAGCCCCAGCCCCAACCGCACCGCCCUGCCCCAGCAGCCCCGGGGCAGCGCUCUGCCUCCGAAACCCGCAUCCCGGCUAGGACCCCACCACCAUGCAACCAACCACCCGCCAGGCCCCGGGCCCAGCCCGAACCGCCCCGUCCCUGCGCCCCUAACUCGCCCUGGACUUGCCCCGGUGCGGGAGGAGCCUGGCAGCAGCGCCAGUCCCAGUCCCAGUCCUAGCCCUAGCCCGCAUGAGGGCGGGCGGCUGCUGCAGCAGUCGUUGGCGCUGGAAACUGCUGCCGGCGGCGGCGGCAGCGGCAGCGGCUCCGAAACCACCACCGCAACCACCACCACCGCUGCUACCUCUGCUGAAACCAGUGCGGCUACUGUUAGUGGUACUGCUACUAGAGGAGGCGGGGCUGGAGGUGGUGGUGGUGGUGGGGUUACGGAUCGCAAGGGCGGGUUUGGUUUCGGAGGGUUGUUGGGUUUGAGGAGCGGUGCAGCGGCGUGGUUGUUGGGCAGUGGGAGUGAUGGGGACACAACAGCUACCACGACCGCCAGUGAGGGGACGGAGGGUAGCAGCGCGUACGGCGGGAGCUUGGGAGGGGGUGGAGGAGGAGGUGGAGGAGGGGGGCUGGGGAGCCCUGGGGGGCCGGCACGGAGAGGAGGUGCAGGCGUGGCUGAUGGUGGGGGUGGUGAGGACUCCAGCGGUGCAAGCGGCAUGACGACCAAUACGAGUGCGACGACAAUGACGGCAACUGGUACGACAACAACCACAACCACCACCGUAACGGCUACCACACAUGCCACCACUGCAACCGCGUCGGCCAUGACGGCGAGGGGCGGUCGGAAACAGGGAGGCGGAGGCAGCCCCCGGCGCCGCCCCGGGGGCCCUGCCGGCCGCCGCCCACCCGACCGCGGCAGCACCGGGGGAGGAGGCGCCCCCACGCAGAUGCUGUAUAUACAGAUGGAGUUCUGCCCCCGCACGCUGGCGGGGGUGCUGCAGCAGGGGCCGCUGCAGGAGGAGGAUGCGUGGCGGGUGCUGCGGGGGAUACUGGCGGGCCUGGCCUACAUCCACAGCCAGGGGGUGAUCCACCGCGACCUGAAGCCCGCCAACAUCUUCUACGGGGCCAAUGGGGAGAUCAAGCUGGGAGAUUUCGGACUGGCCAAGUUCCACACCGGCUCGACCGACGACUCCCAGGCGACAGCAGGCGGCGCAACCGCUGCUGCCGGCGCAGCAGCAGCCCCCGGUAUGGGCGGCGCUACCCCGGCAGGUGCGGCAGCAGCAGCAGCAGCAGGCGGCAGUCCGCCCGGGGUUCCCUCUGCGGCUGCUGCUGCUGCCGCUGCCGCCGCGGGGAUGCACAGCUGGCGGGGCGGUGCUGCGGGGGGCGGCGGCGGCGCUGCGGGCGGGCCGGGUGACGGCACGGGUCCCAGCGAGCGCACCGGCGUGUGCGGGUCGUACUUCUACAUCAGCCCGGAGAUCAAGAACGGCUGGGCUCGCUACGAUGAGAAGGUGGAUCUGUGGAGUCUGGGAGUGGUGGCGUUUGAGCUGUGGCACCCCUUCUCAACAGGCAUGGAGCGCUCAGUGUUGCUGCACGACCUGCGUGACCAUGCGCGCCUGCCUGAGGCAUGGGAGCGGGCGCACCCGCGGGUGGCCAGGAUCAUUAGGUGGCUGAUGGCCCCCAACCCCGGGGAGCGCCCCAGUGCCCGGGAGGUACUGGCGUCCGACCUGCUGCCGCCCAGGGUGGAGGACGAACAGCUGACCGACCUGCUGCGCUACCUGCCCUCCAACCCCGACGCCACGGAGCGGGUGGUGGCGGCACUGUUCAGCCUCACGGAGGGGCAGGCGGGCAGGGGGCCGGUGGCAG